AUGGAGUUGAAGAAGAAAGUGAUGGUGGUGAACGUGGCUUUGAUGCUUUUCUUGAUGGGACUGUUGAGUGCAAGCGUGGAUGCUCAUGGGUUCGAUCCAAGUUCCUUCAUCCCUGAAAUAUUUCCCAACGAUGAUGCCAAUUACUACGUAAAAUCUACAACAAAAGCGUGUUGUGACAAAUGCUUCUGCACCAAAUCAAUCCCUCCCCUUUGCCGUUGUGCUGAUGUUGGCAAAACUUGCCACUUGGCUUGCAAACACUGUUUUUGCACGCGUUCAGAGCCACCAAAGUGCCAUUGCGCUGACAUAACCAAUUUCUGCUAUGAACCCUGUCAUCACUCAUUUGAAACUGAACCUGAAGCUCUUAAAGAAUAA